AUGAAUCUACUGCAACACUGUGUCCUGGGUUGCAUGGUUUGUGCGAUUGUUGCGAUUUCCAUAGAACACAUCAAGAAAAUGCCUUUUCCUUUGACGUCGCUAUCGAGUUGUCCUAUUCCUUCGCCAUGCCACAGCUCAAAAUAUUUCGAAUUUUUACAUCCAUCCAUUGCUCAACUUUUGUCGUGUGAAGGCUCUUCGGCUAGCUCUAUACAGCUACGUAUCGCAGUCGAUCCUAUAACACGAACAAUUCAGUGGACGGACAGUGACUCAAUGUUCAGCUCGCCUCCGAAUGUCGAAGAUUUGGGGCCGCUGGCUCGCGCCUGUGAAGCUAGUUUGUUCCGCAAAGAUGUUGUAGAGGAAGACAAUAUGAUGAAUCUAUCGUCAUCACAGAGGUCGCUAUUGUAUCUUGUUGAGGAUAGUGGCGAUGAUCCGUCAACAAUUUUGUUCGCCACAUUGAUCGCCUUGAACCAGCUGGAAGCAUCUAUAGUUCGCUGCGUGCUCGAUUACAAUGCCUCUAGUGGAGCUGGUGCGCACAGCAACGCCCCUCCUUUACAGAUUCUCUUGAAGAAACUCAAUGGCGCCAUCACGGGUCCGUUGCCGUGUAUGCUACGUCAAUUACUGCUACCAACCGGUUUGAAUUUGCGCAACGUACUUUGGCAUGGUUUCGUUGGUGCGUUACCGACGAAGGCUUGGCUAAGUUUGGUUAUUGUAUUGACGGUGUCACUGGUAAAGACAUGUAACUUGGAGAGCAUGCAACGGGAUAAAGAGGCAGUAAAUGUUGCAUUGUCACGGAAUUCAGCUAUAGUACAGCUUCGAUCGUUUCCAACGCUUGAGAAGGUGAUUGAACGAGGCGAAAAUAUUGCGGAAACCUUGACGACGAGUUGCAUUCCAAAUACCAUACCGUUCACUCACAUGGGCUUGUGGAGACUUUGUUUUGAUUUAUUGAUUCGGCGGCAGAAUCCCGCAAGUUUGUGUGUGAUUAUGACCAUCCUUCUGGAGCAUACGCUUCGGUUGAGGUGGUGUCGCGUCAACAAUCGCCCCUCCGAUCGGCUCGCACAACCGAACACUUUCUACGUAACACUUGACGGUCACGGUCAACGACACCAACACGAUUUAGUCCUCCAUCCGUAUGUACUCUGUUCCCAAAGCGACCAAAAGGGAACGGCAUUAUGCAAUGGUUUGGUCGACGACGUAGGCGGAAGUCUCAUGGCACUCUUGACAGACGUGUACACGAGUUCAUGUGGAGGCCCCAAACUUCGUGCAGCGUUGGCCCAUGGAGCUUGGGAUGGCUUUUUACAAAACGAAAUACGCGCAUGGAAAGGAACUAGUAGAGGCGACCCCGCAGGACUUGGUGAAGACCAUCCUGAAGCCGCGACAAAUGAAGCAUUAUGGGACAUUGCCAUGGUACUUUUGGCCGCGUUGGAGGAAUUGGCCGUGCCACACGGGAAGCAAUUGCUGAAUUAUACACCACAAUUUUCCUUUACCGCUACAAUCGUCUCCAGUCUGCAACGUGCUGGAAAUCUUUUACAAGAUCUUCAGCACACUAUGCAGACAAAUACGACCUACCUUCAAUUUUUCCAUGUAUCAAGUUCACCGCUCGAAUUCUCGGUAAUGUCGACAUCUUCGAAGGAAGUGCAACAAAGAAGCAACGAAGUUUUAAAUAAAUUGGCAGGCAAUGCCGCAAUGUGGACGGUCGAAGACGUUUUUGUGGAACACGGGUGGAAUUGUCGGCUGUCCUCGUUGGGGGCCACUCGGGCGCUGUUGGACGACAUCGCAAUCGCGGCGUCAUCUUUUCAUACAGUGCUACGAGACGCGCUUGAGGAGCUGGACGGUGACAAACAGCAUCGCUCCCGAGACCGACGCAGGCUGCUACGCAUUGUUGCCUCUAGCGAAGUCGCCUUGACCGUAUACCGCUUUGCGAUCUUCGUGGCAUUACAAAGCUUGGAUGAUGCCUUGGACACUGAUGGAAUCGAAGAACCACGACGAAUCCACAACUUGAACGCAACGCUUCGAAUCCGGCUGUCGGAUGAGUUUCUCCAUGGCGCUCGUGAUACCAGCAUCGCCUUCGCACAGCAAGACGAGCUUUGUGCCGAGAGUUUGCUUCGAUUGGACAUAUUUGCCGUGCGCCAAGGCAGCGGAUACGUGUGUCAGUACCUUAACUCCAGCCAGGCGAAACAAGACGGACAUGUCGGUUUGCUUCCGUCUCGAGUAGCUGCCACACAGAUAGACAGCCACCCUGUGCAAUGGUCGAGAGCCGAUUCCCCGUUGUUCAAUUGUGGCGGCCAAAGUUGUCAAACCAAAGUCGGAACGAUGAAUAUUGCUCUUGGUGGGCAGCGUGCGAACAUACAUGUUGGCAGAUGGAACGACUGCAUCCUUUGCUUGUCGACAGGCGGUAACCCAGGCUGGUGAUACAAUAGGUAUCCCUACAAGU